UAUUAAAAAAAAUAUUGUAUGCUUUCUCUCACCUUUGCAGUUUGCUCUUCCUUGUGAUUUUUAUUGGCAACACAGAGAGAAACUGAGAAAGAGAAGAUGAGAGAGGUGAUUAGUAUUCAUAUUGGACAAGCUGGAAUUCAGGUGGGAAAUUCAUGUUGGGAGCUUUAUUGUCUUGAGCAUGGAAUUCAACCUGAUGGCUUGAUGCCCAGUGACAACUCCAUUGGCAUUGCACGUGAUGCUUUUAACACCUUCUUCAGUGAGACGGGAUCCGGCAAGCAUGUGCCAAGGGCUUUAUUUGUUGAUCUGGAACCUACUGUUAUUGAUGAAGUAAGAUCUGGUCCUUAUAGACAACUCUUUCACCCGGAGCAAUUAAUUUCUGGCAAGGAAGAUGCUGCUAAUAAUUUUGCAAGGGGACAUUACACUGUUGGAAGAGAAAUUGUUGAACAAUGCCUUGAUCGUAUGAGAAAAUUAGCAGACAAUUGCACUGGUUUGCAAGGAUUCUUGGUUUUCAAUGCUGUCGGUGGUGGUACUGGCUCUGGUUUGGGAUCAUUACUUUUGGAACGGUUGUCUGUAGAUUAUGGAAAGAAGUCUAAACUUGGCUUUACUAUCUAUCCUUCUCCUCAGGUAUCUACUGCAGUUGUUGAACCUUACAACAGUGUUCUUUCCACUCAUUCUCUUCUUGAGCACGCUGAUGUGGUUGUGCUUUUGGACAAUGAAGCAAUAUAUGAUAUCUGCAAAAGAUCAUUAGAUAUAGAAAGGCCUACUUACACUAACUUAAAUCGUCUGAUUUCUCAAAUUAUCUCUUCCUUGACCACUUCCUUGAGAUUUGAUGGUGCAAUUAAUGUGGACAUUUCUGAGUUCCAGACUAACCUUGUGCCAUAUCCUCGUAUCCAUUUCAUGCUUUCAUCUUAUGCCCCUGUAAUAUCUGCUGCGAAGGCUUUCCAUGAGCAGCUAUCGGUUCCCGAAAUCACCAGUGCUGUUUUUGAGCCAUCAAGUAUGAUGGCUAAGUGUGAUCCAAGACAUGGGAAAUACAUGGCUUGCUGUCUGAUGUAUCGUGGAGAUGUUGUACCCAAAGAUGUAAAUGCGGCUGUUUCAAAUAUCAAGACAAAGCGCACAAUUCAGUUUGUUGACUGGUGUCCUACUGGUUUCAAGUGUGGUAUCAACUACCAACCUCCAACUGUAGUACCAGGAGGGGAUCUUGCAAAGGUGCAGCGUGCAGUUUGUAUGAUAAGCAACAACACAGCUGUUGUUGAGGUUUUCUCUCGCAUUGAUCACAAAUUUGAUCUCAUGUAUGCUAAGCGGGCAUUUGUCCACUGGUAUGUGGGUGAAGGAAUGGAAGAAGGUGAAUUCUCAGAAGCCCGGGAGGAUCUUGCUGCCCUUGAAAAGGACUACGAAGAAGUUGGAGCAGAAGGUGAAGAAGAGGAUGAUGGUUACUGAAAAUAGUCAAUCUUUCAUCUUCAGCUACCUACAUGUCCCUUCUUUUCUCUAUUUUGUGUCUCUGGAUGUGUAAUGUCCCUCCUUGUGUAUUGUUUCUAAGCAUCUUUCAGCUGUGUGCUAGCUCUGUUCUUAUGGUUGUUUCUAGUUUAGUGUUGAGACAAUUGUUUUCGUCAUGAACAAUGUUAGUUUAAUUGUCAUUUAAAUCCCUUGCUGGUUUUAUUGCAGAGCAAAAUA